AAAUUUGUUGAAUACAAAACAAUUACGAAUGCAGGGAUAGGGAAAUAUAUUUCCCCUUUGCUCUCUCCCUUUUCCCUAACAAUUUGUGGUUCAUAUUUUUGUUUCAUUACUUAUUUUUGUUACAUAUUACAUUAUUAAUUUGAAUGCGCUCGCUUACUUUGAUCACGUCAAUCCGUCUUUUAUAAUUAGUCGCGGCUGCUAAGCAACGUCUGGUUUAUACGCAACAUGUGUGCCCUCGCGAUGAGCAGCAUGUUCCCUUGAUUUCGUGUAUUUAUAUCAACAGCGUUUAGAAGACGAAAGUGAUAAGUCUGUUAUGUUUUAACGAUCGGAAAGUUUUAAUUUGGAUUGAUUAUGUAAAGCGUGUUUUACGUUCUUAACUUCUCCUUUGACUUGUUGGAAAUUUAUUAUUCCUUUUAGUUAUCAACAAUGGCACAAGUAUUGUUAGACCAAGAACAAAAUCAGCACAGAUUAAAACGAAGUAUUUUUGAAAUAGCCAAUCGGUUAAUAACCUCGGACAUCCAAAAUGAUAAAACUGCUAAUAGAAAGCAGAAAAAGUUUUCUAAAAUUGAAAAAGAUUAUUCAACUUCUGAUGAAGAAAGUGUGGACUCUCCUGAUUUGGAAGACAAUGGAUCUUUUGAAGAGCCAAAUUCUGACAAAGACACCGAAGCAUUACCUGAUGCAAUACAGCCCUCAAAAACUAAAAGUAGAGGGUUUUCCUGCACAAUUUGUGGUCAUGUAGCUUCAAGCACUGAGAGAUUAAAAGAACAUCUUAGUCGUCAUACUGGCAAAAAGCAUCUUGAAUGUGAAGUUUGUGGAAAGAAAUUUGCUUGGCGCUACUCUUUUAGAAGUCAUGUGGCUUCUCACAGAGAAGAUAAUCCAAAUAAAUGUUCUAUUUGUGGAAAGAAAUACUGUAAUAAAUCUUCAGUAAAAAAUCAUAUGAUAAGAGUACAUGGCAACCCUAUGAAAGAAUUUAAAUGUGAUAAAUGUAAUAAAGCAUUUGUAACUAAGCCAGAAUUAGAGAGACAUAGUUAUAAUCACACAAAAGAAAAACCCUUUAUUUGUGAAUAUUGUGGAAAUACAUAUCGAUUUAAAGCUGCUUUAGUAGUUCAUUACAGAGUUCACUCGGGGGAAAAACCAUACAAAUGUGCAUUUUGCGAUAAAGCUUUUAUCCAUUUAUCAUCUGCUAUUGGACACAGGCGUAGACAUACAGGGGAAAUGCCUUACCAGUGCAAAGAAUGUGGGAAAUUGUUUCGUGUGAAACGAGCUUUAACAGCACAUAUGACUGUACACAGUGAUAAGCGGACUUAUAAGUGUGAUAAAUGUGAAAAAUCAUUUAAAUCAAGAAGUGGUUACCGUGUUCAUUUAGAUUUUCAUCUUGAUAUUAAAAGACAUCGUUGUAAAUAUUGUGACAGAAGCUUUCGGGCUUGGUGCAAUAUGCAUAAACACAUGAAAAGGCAUCUCAAUGAGAAGCCUCAUAGGUGUGAAACCUGUGAUAGAACCUUCAUAGAAAAACAAGAGCUCAGAAGUCAUAUGAAAAGUCAUAAUAAUGAUAAAAAAUGUCCCAAAAUUAUUAGAAAUCCAGAAAUAGUUUCAAAUACUUGUGGACAGAUAAUGCCUCCUCAAAAUUUAUGUUCUGCUCCUAAUAUGACUGAACAAACCAUUUUUACUGAAAAUCCUCACCCAGAGGAAAUUAUACCUCCACAUAUAGAUAUAUCUGAUAGUCAAGCAGUUCUAUAUGACUGUAACCUUUUGAAUUCAAUGGAUAAAUGCCAAACUGAAAAAUGUCAACUUUUACAAGACAGUUAUAUAUCACAGUUUUUAUAUCCUCAACAUUCAUCACUUCAAUAUGCUUCACCUUCUGUUCUUAAUAUGUAUUCUAAUGAUGGUGGUCUGGUUUCUAAUAGAUCAACUUGCCUUUCUAAUCUCAAUACUCCAAAUUAUAAUUAUAUGCCUGCAAAUAAUCAAAAUUAUAAUGGAUUUUCUUAUACUUCUACUGAAACUCUAUUAUCAAGGUGUAAAUUAUGUCGCAGCCUAUUCCAUUCUUCAAUCUUUUUACGAACUCACCUCUUAGAUUAUCAUAGAAUUGAAGAAGAAGCUAUUGAUGAGUUUAUGUCUUGAUUGAAAGUAUUCUUUUAUUUUUUCUUACUCUUAAAAGGACAAUUAGAAUUUGGGAUCAGUUUUAAGAUGGUUUGUUUAUACUCCAGUUUUUAAAGUUUCUUAAAUACUUUUUUCUUCUCUCAAAAUGUUAUAAAACAUCAACUUUUAUUUUCUUUAUAGUAAAUUUAAAAAUAUAUAUGUUUUUAAAUCUCUGCAAUAAUCGAAGUGUACAUUAACACCUGCUAUGAUUUAAAUUCUCAUUGAUAAAAAAGGAUUAAAAAAUUAAACCGGUGACAUUUUCAGAAUCGAUUUUAAAAAAAUCUAUUAAGAUGUAUAUUACAUGUAUUUUACAUAAUAUUUUAUCAUGAAUUUAAUUAUGUUUUAUAAUUUUUUUAUCAAAUUAUAGCCUUUUUAAAAUGAGAUGACCAUAGAAGCCCAUUUCAAACACCAAUUUUUAUUUUGUUGUUUUUGAGCAUUUGCUUUCAUUCUAAAUCAAAGUCAAAACUUUAAUAGUGAUCAUUUGUAUAUCAGUUUAAAGAAUUAUGUGUUUUUUAUCGGCCUUAUCUAAAAAGUAAUCUCAGUGCUCUCAAACUGGUUUGGUUCGGGGUUGGAGGAGUUGGUUUAUGGAUUCGUGGCUGCGCAAUUGUCUCUGACCAUUUGAAGAAUAAGAAAAAGCAUUUUUGUUAUACUUGUUUAAACACUACCUGUGCAAGCUCAAUCAAGUUUUCAGUGUUUGUAGUGGUAAAUUUUCACAUAAUAAAAACAUUUUCUGAUCAUUAAGUGUUUAUUAGAUGUAAUUUUUAAAGGCCCUGGGGAGGUUUGAGAAAAAUAUGUAUGCUGCAUGUGACUCAAACUCAAGAUUCUCACUUGAGUGUUCAUUUAAUAUCACACAUAUUAAAUAUUAUAUAUUGCCCGUGAAAUUAUAUUUUUUCUACUCUAAAUUAUCUCUAAAUAUUUAUUUACAUCAAUUAUGUUUUACUUGUGCAAUAUAUUAAUUUAACUCUUUCCUCAGACAUUGGUCAGUGUUAGAAAUCAAACUAACAUAAAAUUCAUAUCUGUGUCAUAUUUAAGCUUUUUACACUCAAAACUAAUUUAUUUGUCAUAAUAGUUUGUUAUAUGUUCUCAUUGAAGCAUCCAGAGAGGUUUAUAACCCCUCUUGAAAAAACAGCAUUUUUUAUUCCAUUAAAUAAAGACAGUUUUUUAA